CAUGAAGAACACAAUAACACUUCUUUCCUUUCUUCAUUCAGUUUUGCAGGGCUCUCUGCUGGUGAUGUGUGUGAGGACGUGCAGUCGAAUUUUAGGCCCGUGCCUCCUUACCUUGGGUCUGCUCUCCAUUGUUGCCAAUAUUUUCCUACUCUUCCCCAGCUGGGAAUGGCAGUACCUAACAAUCGGCCGCAUCACUAAAAAUGCUAUCAUAGUACCAGGAGUGUGGGGAGGGGGACUGCUGGUCCUCCCUGCUGCCAUUCACAUCACAGCUGUUGGAUGGAGAUGGAGCAGUGUCCACAACUCUGGAACUUGUCAAAGUAUGUUUCUCUCCAUUAUAUUGUCAGCACUGGCUUUGCUGGGAUCAGCUGCUUGCUUUAUUUUGUCCGGUGUAGGUGUGACAGAGGGACCACUCUGUCUCUAUAAUUCCACCUACAAUCAAAAGAAGAUUCAGCAAUGGGAUUACCCAUUCCUCAUAAUGGAUACUCCAGACUUGAACAGCAGGACUCAGAAUUACUUGUACGAUCCUUCUCUUUGGAACUCUGUUUGCAUCGAGCCCCGCAAUGUGGUAGCCUGGAAUGUUUAUUUCUUCUUUGCUCUCCUAAUCAUCAACAUGGUUGAGAUGGUCCUGGCUGCUCUUCAGAUCAUCAAUGGGUUUUUUGGAUGUAUCUGUGGCUUUUGUGACAAAAAAUAG